AUGUCUUCUCUCAAGCAAGGCGAGUUCGUCGGCUCUCUCGACUGCGGUACAACCUCGACCCGCUUCAUCAUCUUCGACCAGUACGCCAACAUCGUAGCUCUUCACCAGCAGGAGUUCCCUCAGUACUAUCCCCACCCAGGAUGGCACGAGCAUGAUCCUGAAGAACUCCAGGCCAUCUGCGAGGAUUGUAUCGACAAAGCUUGCGAGAAGCUGGAGCAGGCAGGAUGGGCCCGUGACAGCGUCAAGGUCAUCGGCAUCACUAACCAACGUGAGACAACGGUAGCCUGGUCGCGCAAGACUGGCAAGUCUCUAUGCCGCGCCAUCGUCUGGGACGACUCGCGCACAAGGAACCUUGUCACGUACUUCGAGCAGAAGCUUAAGAACUACGGCAUCGAGACCGCUCCUGGCCACCACAAGCAUGGCUCCGCCGGCGUUCAGCUCCUCAAGGAGCUCACUGGUCUCCCCAUCUCAACGUACUUCUCUGCGCUCAAGCUUCGCUGGAUGCUCGAGCACCACGAGAACGUUCGCGCCGCUCAUGAGUCCGACGACCUCAUGUUUGGUACGGUCGAGUCGUGGAUCGUCUACAACCUCACUGGUGCAACUGAUGGGGGUCUUCACAUAUCUGAGGUCUCCAACGCCUCCCGCACGCUUCUUAUGAACGUCAAGACGCUGCAGUGGGAGCCUAGGCUCCUCAAGUUCUUCGAUCUCCGCGAGUCUAUCCUUCCUAAGAUUGUCUCGACUUCCGAGGUCUACGGAAAGGUUGGCAAGGGCGCUCUUAAGGGUGUCCCGAUUGGUGGUCUUGUCGGUGAUCAGCAGGGCGCACUCAUCGGCAACAAGUGCUUGAAGCAGGGCGAGGCUAAGUGCACAUACGGCACUGGUGCUUUCCUGCUAUUCUGCACGGGUGAGGACAUUGUUCUCAGCCAGCAUGGUCUCCUCAGCACUGUCGCAUACCAGCCGGGCCCGAACGCCAAGCCUGUGUACGCUCUCGAGGGUGCAAUCGCCGUCGCCGGUAGCGCAGUCAAGUGGCUUCGCGACUCCAUGGGUAUGAUCAAGUCUGCCGAGGAGAUCAACGACCUCGCAGCUUCCGUUCCCACGACAGGCGGUGUCUUCUUCGUAACCGCCUUCUCUGGCUUGCUCGCUCCCUACUGGGACCCAGCAGCAACGGGUACCAUCGUCGGCCUGUCGUCUUACACCACGCCCGCCCAUCUUUGCCGCGCGACGCUGGAGGCCAACGCUUUCCAGACUCGCGCUGUCAUCGACUCCAUGGAGCUUGACUCGAAGGCGCCGCUCAAGCAGCUUAAGGUCGACGGCGGUAUGACCAACGGCGAGAUGGCCAUGGAGAUCCUCGCCGACAUCGGAGGCUUCGACGUCGUUCGCCCUGAGAUGCGUGAGUCGACCGCGCUCGGCUCGGCUUUGUUGGCCGGCUCCGCCAUUCGUCUCUUCGGCUGGGACAUCACCAAUCCGGAGACGCUCAAGGAGGUUAACACCGCCGGUGCACACACCUUCACGCCUUCCAUGGGCGCCAAGGACCGUGCCCAGCGCUGGAGUGGAUGGCAGCGCGCUGUCGAGCGCUCCCGUGGCUGGGAGGAGGGCGUCGCUUCUGGCGGCGAGAGCGACUCCGACUAA